AUGAUCGAGGUCGGAAAGACGAACUCUGCCCUGCAGAUUUUGUCAUUGCUACUUGUCUUCCUAAUUCACUGCCAAGCAUCAACCCAUUAUAAUUGGGUAAAGGUGAAAGAAGCUACAUACACAAGGCUUUGCAGCACCAAGAAAAUCUUGACAGUAAAUGGAAAAUUUCCUGGACCAGUUUUACAGGCUCAUAAAGGCGAUACGAUAUACGUCAAUGUCCAUAACAAAGGCAGCCACAACAUCACCAUUCACUGGCAUGGAGUGAAGCAACCCAGGAAUCCAUGGUCAGAUGGUCCUGAAUACAUCACGCAAUGUCCAAUUCAACCUGGGGACCAAUUCAAGCAAACGAUUAUAUUUUCUAAUGAGGAAGGAACGAUCUGGUGGCACGCACACAAUGACUGGGCUCGAGCCACAGUUCAUGGCGCAAUCUUUGUGUAUCCAACACGUGGAGCUAGCUAUCCUUUUCCCAAGCCUCAUGAACAAGUGCAAAUAAUAUUAGGUCAGUGGUGGAGGAGAGAUGUAAGGGAGGUAUUGGAGGAAUUCAUUAGAACUGGAGGAGCUCCGAAUGUUUCCGAUGCUCACACUAUCAAUGGUCAGCCGGGAGACCUCUAUCCUUGCUCAAAAUCCGUCUUGUACUUUUCAAAUUUCUUCAUCAAAUCCACUUCCUUUUGCAGAGACAUUCAAGCUCCUUGUGGAUCAAACAAGACCUAUCUACUCCGUAUAGUAAACGCCGCAAUGAACACCAUUUUCUUCUACUCAAUUGCAAACCAUAACCUCACAGUGGUGGGAGUAGACGGAAGCUACACAAAGCCGGUGACAACAGAUUACAUGACAAUUUCACCCGGACAAACCCUAGAUGCCUUGUUAAUCACCAACCAGCAAGUUGGUCAAUAUUACAUGGCUGCUAGGGCUUACUCAAACACUCUUCUUAUUCCCUUCGACAACACCACAACCACAACAAUAGGGGAAAAUCUACCCCUCCUUUUACAAGUUCCAAAGAGAGGGACAAAGGUGAGGGUUUUCAAAUAUGGGUCAAUUGUGGAACUUGUUUUUCAAGGGACAAACUUGGGUGCACCAAUAGAUCAUCCAAUACAUUUGCAUGGGUUUAGCUUCUACAUUGUUGGAUGGGGGUUUGGGAAUUUUGACAAAGAUAAGGACCCAUUAAACUAUAAUCUCAUUGAUCCUCCUCUUAGGAACACUGUCGCUGUGCCCAUAAGUGGCCGGGCCGCCAUCAGAUUCCAUGCCGACAAUCCGGAACAUUAG